GUUUCCCGCCAAUGAAGCCCUCCUUUGGCGCGCUAACACACAGAGAAAAAACAGAAAUAGAAAAUGAUGUUAAAAAAAAAGAAAGAAAAAAGAAAAAUCAGAUCAGUUACUAGUUCUAUUUUCCAUUACAAGCAUAAAGUGGAUUUCUAGUGAGAGAGAGAAAGAAUGGAGAUAGUCAAGCCUCAAUGGAAGAAACCACCUCCAUCUGCAAACGACGUAGUUUCCACCCUCCCUCUCUACCGCUCCGCCCCCCCUCUCGAAGUCAGACUGGAAGAUUUCGAGCUCUACGCCAUCGAUCGCCUCCGCGUUUUAAAAGGUGUAUCAGACGGACUUUCUCGCGGAAAAAGACCGGAAGAAAUGGAGAAAUUAGUAAAUGAUUUGUGGAAAGCAAAUAUGAGGCAUCCACUGCCAUCUGAAGUUACUAAUAAAGAUAUCAUAUCUCACUUCGUUUUACGUCUCGUCUAUUGUAGAACAGAGGAGCUGAGGAAAUGGUUCCUUUCCAAUGAGAUUGCACUUUUUAGAUACAGAUUUCGGCUUCUAUCCCCUGAAGCUCAGAGGUUGCUUAUGGCCGAGUUUGAUCUUCCAUACAAGCCUGUUACCACUGCAGAAUUUGAGGGUGUAAAGGAAAAAUUGCAUCUAGUUGCCCGAUCAACUGGUCAGCUUAAACCCACUGCAUCUGAUGCCAUAUUCUACAAGGUACCAUUUGAAGAAGUUCCUGAACUUGUGGCUGGUCGUAGAGUCUUCAUCUGUAAAGGCUAUGCUUAUGUUGCUAUGAAUCAGGUUGUUUCCCUUGUUGUUACCCAGUUCCGCGGUCUUCUAUCAAAAGCACUUGUUCUAACAAACAGAAAAUGGACAUCUACCAUCAGAGAAGAAGAGAAGGAUCGCCUAACUCCUAUCGUGGAAACCCUAUGCACAAGCUAUCUGGGUCCUGACUAUUCUCAGCCCAAAGAAUUUGCUGAAGUAUCAAUUAAAGACAUUGACCAAGUAGCUAAGAGUUCAUUUCCCCUGUGCAUGCGUCACCUGUUUGAAAAACUCAGAGAAGAUCAUCAUUUAAAGCAUGGAGGGAGGAUGCAAUUGGGUCUCUUUCUCAAGGGUGUCGGAUUGAAAUUAGAUGACGCUCUUGCAUUCUGGAAAGCAGAGUUCUCCCAAAAGGUCGGAGCUGAGAGGUUUGACAAAGAAUAUGCAUACAGCAUUCGCCACAAUUAUGGAAGAGAAGGGAAGAGAACAGAUUAUACUCCUUAUUCCUGUCAAAAAAUAAUCUCAUCAACUCCUGGUGUCGGAGAUCAUCAUGGUUGUCCCUAUCGACAUUUCAGUGAGGAAAACUUGAGGGCUGCACUCAGCAGAAUGGGUGUAAAUAGUGGUGCACUGGAGAAUGUUAUGGAUAAAGUGCGAAACAGACAUUAUCAGUUGGCUUGCACGUUAACAUUUGAAUCUAUUCAUGGUUUGUCAUAUGAUGCUGGGAUUAAUCAUCCUAAUCAAUACUUCAGUGACAGCCAAAAGUUUUUCAAAUCUAAGAACAAUCCUUCUGGACAAGGAGAACCUUUGGACGCCCGAUCACCUAUAUAGGUUUGUCAUUUUCUGGACCUAGGUAGCCUCUUCAUCAGAACAGUUCAUACUUGUACUGUAUCUGUGGUGGUCGUGCCACAAAUGCUAAUUUAUUGAUUGAAUAGUCAUUUUAAACUAAAUUUUAAUUCUAUUAUCCAGAUUUCAUUCAAGCAAA